CUACCAAUAUCCGUUUACAAGCGAAAUCUUACUGUUGAGAAUAUAACUGAUGACCAACAUUUGAGUAAUUCUCUCGAACUGUUAAGUUUAUCAGAAUCCGUUUGCGAAAACCCCAACUUGAUAAGUAACAAGCAGCCAGGAGAUUUUCCAGAAGGCUCAUCAAAGAAAAAUAUGUCGGCUCCAACAGCAAACACUGGACUCGUUAACAGCCGACAGACACGAAACACAAGCGCAGAAAAACGUUAUCAGACAAUCGAUUUCAUGGCCGGGACACAAGGGACAUUCAUGAAGGUCAAAACUUCUCUGUGUCAGGACCAUAAUGCAGCUGAGACAACUAAGCAAUACGCAUGGAAUGGUGACCAGACUUUAGAAUCGAUGCGGUUAAAGGAGGUGGGGGCUGAAUACAGCGAGUUGAGUGAAGCAACCCAAAACGGGGGCAUAUCACAUACGCAAGGAGUAAGCUAAAGUUUUACGGAAGCGAAUAAUGUUACAUCCAUCGGAG